AUGGGCAGCACUAACCACAGUCGCAGUGGAAAAGUUUUGAACUCGGACCUGCGUCACUACCUCAGCCUCCAGUUCCAGAAGGGCUCCCUGGACCACAAACUGCAGCAGAUCAUUCGAGACAACCUCUACCUGCGGACCAUCCCUUGUACGACACGACUUCCUCGGGAUGGAGAGGUUCCAGGAGUGGACUAUAACUUCAUCAGUGUGGGAGACUUCCGGAUCCUGGAGGAGAGCGGACUUCUGCUGGAGAGCGGCACAUAUGAUGAGCUCAAAGAUGCAUCAGACUGGAGGAAACCAGUGCCCAGUUACAACCAGUCGAGUGGGAACAUGGACUUCAGGACAUGGAGCUCUCUGCCCCGCGAUGACAGCCUGGAGCCGCUGCCGUACAACUGGGAAAUGGCUUACACCGAAACUGGCAUGGUCUACUUCAUAGAUCACAUUAACCAGAAAACCCAGUUUGAGAAUCCAGUCCUGGAGGCAAAAAAGAAGCUGAACCAGGCGACGCUCAAAAAGGCCAGAGCAGCGUCAUCCCAAGGUGACGUGAUUGUAGAAAUCAAUGGACUGGGCGUGCUGGGGAAAACCCACCCAGAAGUGGUGCAGAUGUUCCAGUCCAUCCCCAUCAACCAGUACGUGGACAUGGUUCUCUGCCGGGGCUACCCUCUCCCUCCGGACGUAGACUUAACCAGCGACGACCCUCUCCCACCGCCUCCCCCUCCGCCCUCAUCCACCCAGUCCCAGCCCCAGCCCACCACCACCACCCUCCACGGGGGAGAGGUGGUCACGGCCGUCCCGCUCAUAAACGGACAACCUCUGCUGGUCAAGGGGGACGUCCUGCACGGAUCCUCCCAAGAGCUCCACUACGUCACCACGGAUGCCAGCGGUCGGCCCAUGGUUGCCGCCCUGUCCAACGGCCGUCACGGAGACAAUGCAGGGAUGCUACAGCCGGAGUUGGUCAGUGUCCCGUUGAUCAAGGGGCCCGGGGGGUUCGGUUUCGCUAUAGCAGACUGCCCACUGGGUCAGAAGGUGAAGAUGAUUCUGGACGCGCAGUGGUGCCGCGGGUUGCAGAAAGGAGAUGUGAUUAAGGAGAUCAACAGGCAAAAUGUUCAGACUCUGAGCCAUGUGCAAGUGGUGGACAUUCUCAAAGAUCUACCGGUGGGCAGUGAGGUCAAUGUGCUUGUGCUGCGAGGAGACGCCACAGAGGAGGAGCUGCGGGACAUGACUCCGGUGCUGGUGAACGGCUCUCCCAAACUACCUCACCUGCCCAUGACCAACGCCAUCGACCACGAGUCCUUUGACAUCACGCUGCACCGGAGAGAGUCUGAGGGCUUCGGCUUCGUCAUCCUCACGUCCAAGAGCAAACCGCCGCACGGAGAAUACAAAGGACCUCCAUCAGGAGCGAGCUCAGCCAAACAGAGUCCGGCUCUGCAGCACAGAAGCCUGCUCCACGGUUCCACCUUGGACUUGGAGGAUAAAAUUGACAGCCUCUCCUGGUCAGAUCAGAAAGAGCAGGGGGCGCUCUGCAUUACGGGUCCAAACCAGGUUGGAGAUGAGAUCGUGGAGAUAAACGGUGAGCCUGCUCGGGGCAUCUCCCACACUCGGGCCAUCGAGCUGAUCCAGUCUGGAGGAAACAAAGUGGUCCUGUUGCUUAGACCCAGGGCUGGCCUCACUCAAGACAGCAGUCCACACAAUCCAAAAGUCAUUUCACCUGGCGUCAGCUAUUCCGAAGGAGAUGUGUUUUUCUCCGACUCCUCGCCCAUGUCCUCUCCAUAUUCCUCAUCUGGGGCUUCCGUCUACGCUUCCUCCCAUCUCUCCGGUAAACGCAAGCAUUCUCGCAACUGGAGCACCAAUGUUAAUCUACCAGGCCUUAGCAGCUCGCGUAUUAGCAACUCCAGGCCUCUGACUUCUGUGGACGAGGCGGGCGAGUGGGCCGACAGCGAGGCCGAACCGUCCCCUCGAGGCACGGAGGUGGCCAUUUUUUAUUUCAGGACCAGGCCAGGAAAUGAUGCGAGUAAUCUAACCAGCCCAAAGAAAACUACGGAUACACCAAAAGCCAAAGAGCGAAUUCCCAGUCUUAAAACCACAGCCGGCGCGCAGGAAGUAACACAGGUUGGACCGAAAACCUCCCCGACUGGAUUGAGAGUUAAAAUGUCACACAACAAGUCACCUCCGGGCAACCAGCAGGAGGUGAUAACCCUACAGCAAAAUGACCGUCGACAAGCAAGGGGAUUAAAGAACGUUUCCAGCAGAGAGAGCUUAGAAGAAAGCAGAAACGGCAACCUGGAUAGCGGCGGAUUAGCCCGAGAGAUGGAAAAGAAAAUAGGGGGAGAGAGGACAAUGGUUGGCCACAAGCAAGAGAGUUUCAAAAGGAGGGUUGGAAGAGUGACGCAUCACAACAGGACAGCUCAAAACGUAAAUACACACAGGGAUGCAUAUAGCAGAACAGAUUCGGGGCACAAAGAUGCUAAAAUGAAAACGUCCAGGGAUAGCAGCAGCAGAAAAGAAAUCAAAACAGAAAUGUCGUCGUCUCUAAAGGAUAUAGCAAGAGUGAGAAAGCCUGUGGAUGUUCCCAGAGAGUCCAAAGGGAGAGAGACUUUCGAUUUCAAAGAGGGCAGUCGGGAGCAAUGUGUCGCCGCAGUUCCAGGGACUCCACACAGCCCAAAGGGACCUAUUAGCCCCGGCGCAUGGAAAGUGCCAAGCUCAGCGAAAAUCCUCUCUGAAGCGGAGGUCUUUCGUGACCCUUUGUGA